ACAGGAAGGGGUUGCGAGCAAAACAAGAAAAGACUAAGUUCCCCUUUCCGCGGUUUCUGGGCCUGGUACCUGCGGUGGGGGAGGAGGCAGGGUGGGGCGAUGGCUUCCUGUCCUCCAACCUCCGGUUUGGGGGUUCCUGCUCCCCAAACCCAGGCUUCUCACCUGGACUGACCCCUGCCCCAGCCUGCUUCUCACACCCUCAGACACGCUGCUCACUACAGCCUCCGGGAGGCACGGGGUGGGCGAGGGCGCUGGAGCCGCAGAGAAGGACCAGGCCCCGGAGCGGGGCACCUGGUGAAGCUGGGGAGCAGCUAGAGGCCCUCCCAGCAGGCAGCACGGCCCCCGUCCUCCCCAGGAACCCCCAUCCUGGUACCUGGGGAGCCAGAGGCGGUCCCCUCCGCUUCACUUGCUCUCUGCCCAGCCAGCGGGGGAAACCAUCCCAGCUGGACCUCAGAGAAGAUGAGCCGCCAGGUGGUCCGCUCCAGCAAGUUCCGCCACGUGUUUGGACAACCGGCCAAGGCCGACCAGUGCUAUGAGGAUGUACGCGUGUCACAGACCACCUGGGACAGUGGCUUCUGCGCUGUCAACCCCAAGUUUGUGGCCCUGAUCUGUGAAGCCAGCGGGGGAGGGGCCUUCUUGGUGCUGCCCCUGGGCAAGACUGGACGUGUGGACAAGAAUGUGCCCACGGUCUGUGGCCACACAGCGCCCGUGCUGGACAUCGCCUGGUGCCCGCACAAUGACAACGUCAUUGCCAGUGGCUCAGAAGAUUGCACAGUCAUGGUAUGGGAGAUCCCCGAUGGGGGCCUGGUGCUGCCCAUGCGGGAGCCUGUCGUCACCCUGGAGGGCCACACCAAGCGCGUGGGCAUCAUUGCCUGGCACCCCACAGCCCAGAACGUGCUGCUCAGUGCAGGUUGUGACAACGUGAUCCUGGUGUGGGACGUGGGCACCGGGGCGGCGGUGCUGACGCUGGGCGCGGAUGUGCACCCGGACACCAUCUACAGCGUGGACUGGAGCCGGGACGGCGCCCUCAUCUGCACCUCGUGCCGCGACAAGCGCGUGCGCCUCAUCGAGCCCCGCAAAGGCACUGUAGUAGCUGAGAAGGACCGUCCUCACGAGGGGACCCGGCCGGUGCGAGCUGUGUUCGUGUCCGACGGGAAGAUCCUGACCACGGGCUUCAGCCGCAUGAGCGAGCGGCAGGUGGCGCUGUGGGACACGAAGCAGCUGGAGGAGCCGCUGUCCCUGCAGGAGCUGGACACGAGCAGCGGCGUCCUGCUGCCCUUCUUUGACCCCGACACCAACAUCGUCUACCUCUGUGGCAAGGGUGACAGCUCCAUCCGGUACUUCGAGAUCACUUCCGAGGCCCCAUUCCUGCACUAUCUCUCCAUGUUCAGCUCCAAGGAGUCCCAGCGUGGCAUGGGCUACAUGCCCAAACGUGGCCUGGAGGUGAACAAGUGUGAGAUCGCCAGGUUCUACAAGCUGCAUGAGCGCAAGUGUGAGCCCAUCGCCAUGACAGUGCCUAGAAAGUCGGACCUGUUCCAGGAGGACCUGUACCCGCCCACUGCAGGGCCUGACGCUGCCCUCACCGCCGAGGAGUGGCUGGGGGGUCGGGAUGCUGGGCCCCUCCUCAUUUCCCUCAAGGAUGGCUACGUGCCCUCAAAGAGCCGGGAGCUGAGGGUCAACCGGGGCCUGGACACCGGGCGCAGGAAGACAGCACCAGAGGCCAGUGGCACUCCAAGCUCGGUGAGAGGCGGAUGGGAGGCUGGAGUCAGGAUGGGAAGACAGGGUAGGGAGGGGCUGCCAUCGCUGUGGUCACUGACCGGGGGAAGGAGGCUGGCCUCUGAGGCAGCCCAGACUCACAGGGAGCUGGCAGUGGGUAAUCCUGAGGCCUCAGAACGCAGCUUUCAGGCUUGUAGGCCUGCAGCUCUCUGGGCAGCAACUGGCUGAGAGACAGAAGGGCCCAAGCUCUGGGGCUCUCGGCCAGGUAAGGGGAGUCCAGGGUGGAGCGGGCCUAACGCAGCGCUGGAUCCUCCAGGACGUCGUGUCCCGGCUGGAGGAGGAGGUGAGGAAGCUCCAGGCCACGGUGCAGGAGCUCCAGAAGCGCUUGGAUAGGCUGGAGGAGACAGUCCUGGCCAAGUAGACUCCGGGGCCUUCAGCUGGGGCCCACCGCAUCGCCUCCCCGCCCCCCUUUCCUUCCACUCCUUAGGCCACAGUGGCAGAUAAAAUAAAAUGGCUUUAUUUUCUGGUA